AUGGGCUUUGCAAGAGCAAGCACACUGAUAGCUGUUCUACUGUUCUUUUACGUUACGAUAAGUUUUGCAAAACCUUUGUACGAGUGUUCUGGUAAUGACUGCCGCUUUGAGCUAAAACGAGAAGAAGUCAUCACGCAUGGAAAAUCUACAACAUUUUUACUGACUGCGGAAGAUGGGCCAAUCAGUGUGGAGUUUUAUGAAUCGAGUUUGCCUACAAUUCCGACGUCACUUUUCGAUGGUGAAAAUGGGAACAGAAUAAACGAAUUGAGCGCAUCUGGAGCGGGUGUGUUAGCCAUACAUCCAGAUACAUUUGCCCAGGCGCAUGCGUUGCAAACGCUCAUCUUGGAUGACAACCUCAUCAAGGAACUGGACCGUAAUUCGUUUGUCAAUGCAAAAAACUUGACAACUAUCCAAAUUCGGAGCAAUCAGAUCGCCACUAUCGGCGAGUUCACCUUCCAAGGAUUGUCGAGGUUGGAAGAUAUUGAUUUGGAUAAAAACAACAUACGAAAACUUCCCCCCAAGCUUUUUGCUGGCCUAAGAAAUCUGCAACGGAUAUCUUUAAUUGAAAACCGCAUCAGGGAACUGGAGGAUCAUCUGUUCGACGAUCUGCUUUCGUUGGAGGUGCUGUACCUGGAUAAAAACGAUAUCGAAAAUCUCAACAGCAAUGUCUUCGUUGGUACGCCGCAGCUUAGAACGCUCGAUUUGCAAGGCAAUCGGAUCGCCUCGAUCGACCCAGACGUUUUCAAGCCAUUGGUAAAGUUGGAUUAUAUGAAUUUGAACUCGAACAAUCUGAAGACUCUCUCACCGGCAACAUUCUCAUCGCUCAGUCUGCUCGCUUAUCUAGACUUGGGAAAUAAUUUGUUGCAAGAACUGCCUAACGAAUUGUUUCGUGAUACCGUUAACCUAUACAGAAGGUUGAUCCUGAGCAAUAACUCAAUUAGACAUCUUGAUCCUGACACUUUCAACACAUUGAGAAGCUUACAAACAUUGGAGUUGCAGUACAACCGGUUACAAACUCUAGAUGAAGCAUUGUUUAACAGCCUGACCGAGUUGGAUAGCCUGCAGUUAGAAAACAACGAUCUACGUCACAUCAAACCCGGCACAUUUGAUCAUUUAACGAAGUUGAAAACACUGAGCCUAGCAAAUAACGGCAUAUCGUCCAUAGAUGAUGGCACGUUCCGGAAACUUGAAUCCGUUGCCGUACUUGAGCUGAACAACAAUCAUAUCAAAGCUUUAACAAACCGUUCUCUGGAAGGAUUGAAACAACUGUGGUUACUCGAUUUGGAUGGUAAUGACAUCAGGACGAUCGAUGAGGGUGUUUUGUGCGCGCAUGAACAAUUAGAGACUGUAUCACUCGUGGGAAACAAGCUUAGUCGUGUGCCUCCCGAAGCAUUGAACUGUUUAAAAAAAUUGGGAAACCUCAACCUCAGCGGGAAUCGUCUGCAAAACAUUUCGUUGUCGCUCGAAAGCCUAACCAAGCUCGACCUGUCCAACAAUCGGUUCCACAACCUAUCGGAUGAUUUUUUUCUGGGAGUGACGAAUCUUGGAGAGCUGAAUAUGGAUAGUAAUCAUCUGGAGGCCAUCCCGAAAGGAAUAACGAAACUGUCGUCACUGGAAACAUUGUCGCUGAAAAACAACAACAUCAAUUCAACCUCUGUUGAUAACGAAUGGCGAGCUUUGUCUCGACUUUACCUGUCAAAUAACGUGAUUGAACACAUUUCCGUAGCACAACAUCCACUCUUGAUAGAAUUAGACCUCGACAAGAACCGGAUUGCGAACAUUCCGGAGGGCCUGAGCAGUCUCGGUAACGAUUCUAUUGCAUUCCUAUCCACGCUGGAAACUCUGGAUCUGUCUGGAAACGCAAUUUCCCAAGUGGGACGCAAUAAUUUGAAUGGCAUUAGUGAGCUGAGAAAAUUCUAUAUAAAUGACAAUUUGGGAGUGAGCAUUGAAGAUUUGAGCGGUUUAAAUAAGUUCAAUCAACUGGAAGAAAUUUCCAUUUCGGCGGAUAGCUGGGUUGUUCCCAAUCAUUUUCUGAGCAAUAAAACAACGCUCAAGAAGCUGUACAUGCGAGGUUCCCGAUUUUCCAGCUUGCCUGUAGAUUUCUUCCAAGCCUGUUAUGCCUCAUUAGAAGUUUUAACGAUUUCAAGCAACAACGACCUGUCGACGCUUCCCACAUAUUUCUUCAAAGAUGUCCCAUGGCUCCAGGAGCUGACGCUAUCAAACAACAACUUGACCACGUUGGAGCCGAGAGUAUUUGAUCCUGUGUUUAACCUUAACUACUUAGAUCUUUCCAGCAAUCCGUUGAAAACGUUGGACAAAGAUUUGUUCCAGGAAACCAGCAGACUCGCAACUCUGAAGCUACAAAAUAUAAAGGUUACUAACCUUUCUAUUGGCAUUUUUGAUAGUCUUGACCAACUGAUCACCCUGGAUCUGAGCAAUAAUCAACUAUCCACAUUGCCAAAUGGAAUCUUCCAUAAUCUGUUCUCUCUAGAAAGCCUUUCCUUGGAGAACAAUGCUAUCGAACAGUUGGACCCUGCCGUUUUCGAGGGAGCUUUGCGGCUGAAGAGUAUCUUCCUCGCCCACAACAAGUUAAGCACUCUACACCCUCGCCUCUUCAGCAACUUGUUGCGAAUUGACACACUUAAUCUGGGUUACAACAAGUUCGUGAGCUUCGAUCUGACGACCACAGACUUCCAGGACACACUGAAAAACCUCAACAUAGAUGGGAAUGGCCUUACAUCGCUGAAAAUCUCACCAACCCUUGAGAUUUUAUCAGCAGCUGACAACCAACUGUCCAGGAUCGAAGUUAAUCAAACGAGCGGCUCAUCCAGCGCUCUCACCCAGCUUUCCGCCCAACGCAAUCGGUUCAACAGCUUUAACAAUUUUGUGCAGUUUAAAUCUCUGGUCGAUCUGGAUGUCUCCUUCAACGACUUUAGCGAGCUGGACAUUGGAACUAUCUCUACGAAGCUGCAGGAUCUUCGCAAGCUGAACGUAUCGAACAGUCACUCGCUGCGGGCGCGCCGCCGUUUCCAAAUCAUUUCUUCGGCUAAACUCAUUGUU